AUGACACUCAAAUAUCUAGUUACCGGUGCCACAGGCGGACUCGGCAAACAGGUACUUUCAUAUCUCGUUGCAAAUGUCCCUGCAUCAGAGUAUGCCGCAGCUUCAUCGAGCGAAGCGAACCGCAAGCAGUUUGAAGACCAAGGCAUUGCCUUUCGGGUAGUCAACUACGAUGACCCCCAAAGCAUGGAGAAAUCCUUCCGAGAUGUAGAGAAUCUCCUGUUCGUGAGCACCAACACAUUCGAUGUUGAAAAGCGACAAAAACAACAUCAGAACUUCGUUGACGCGGCGAAGAAGAUGGAUGUCAAGCAUGUUUGGUAUACAUCUCUCGCCUUUGGGGGGCUACGCUCCGACUCUAAAGCGAAUGUCCAACAGGCCCACCUCAUGACAGAGGAGAUGAUGCGAGAAUCCGGCAUCAACUUCACCUCUAUCCGCGAGGGCCUCUACACGGAUGCAUUUCCGAUAUUCAUGGGCUGGUACCCGAGCACCUCAACCGUAUACCUCCCAUCCGACGGUCCGAUUGCAUUUACCCUGCGCGACGAGCUCGGCGAAGCCACCGCCCGCCUGAUGAUCCGAGGCGGACACGACAAGGAACUCGUGCUCCUCACAGCACAAGAAACUGUCACAUUCCGCGAGAUCGUCGAUAUCGUCAACGAGAGCACGGGCCGAAACGUCCGGCUCGAGCUGGUUUCACAAGAGGAUUUCGUGCGAUUGAAGGCGACCGACGACGAGGGCGGUAAAUCGGAGGCAUUCUUUCACUCGCUUUUAUCAUGGUACGAAUCGAUUUCGCAAGGGGAGGCAGGUGCGACGGACCCACUCAUGGCCGAGUUGCUGGGGAGGGAGCCGGUGCGGCCUCGGGAUGCCAUUCGGAGGUUUUUGGCGGAGAAUAGGGAUUAUGAGUGGCAUCAGAACUAUGUCAAUCGGGGUUAG